AUGGAAGCUCAGACUCCACGUCCACGUCUCCUAGCUGCUGGCUCUAACGCUCGCGGUCAGCUAGCCAAUGGUUCAGAUGACGAUUCACAUACUUUCAAAGAGUGUCGCUUCAAAGAGGGUGCACUUCCUCCCGAUACGCACGGCAUCCUGCAGCUUGCGACCGGAGCAAACCACACUCUCGUACUGAUGGAGUUUGGUGACGGUCAAAGGGAGCUUUGGGGAUGUGGAGACGGACGCAAAGGGCAGCUGGGUCCUGAGUACAUGGGACAGUUGACAGAAUUCACCCCGAUCAGCAUGCCCUUGUACAAAACUUAUGCUUCCCAAGGAUAUACCUGUUGUCUCAUUGCUGCCGCUUGGGAGACAUCAUAUCUCGUUUUGAAAUCGCCUUCCCGACCAGACGUGGUCAUCUCGAUGGGUUCAAAUGACUUUGGGGCACUCGGUGUCGGCACAAAACAAGCUACGGCAACUUCAACAGUCAUUUCGUUUGAUCACCUGACUAUCGAGGGUCGCUCUAUCAAUUCCAGUGAGCUCGUUGUCGAGUCCAUUAUUGCAGGACCUCGUCAUGUCGUACUUCAUUUGCGACCCGUUUUCAGUAAUGAACAUAUACUCGUUGGCUGGGGUUUGGGCAGACAUGGCCAACUAGGGGACACGAAGAUCGUGAAUUGUGACCGCCCUUGCAUCAUUUCCCUCGAUGUAUCCGCGGAUCCAGUGCAAAUAUAUUCUCUCGGUCUCCAGCACACUGUUGCCUGCCACCAAUCAGGGCGGACAACAGCUUUUGGAUCUAACAAGAAAGGACAACUCCAUAAGAUGGAUUCUUGGGGGCGCAUUCGACAGGUCGGGUGUACGUGGAACGGGACCUACCUUCUCGUAGACGACGAUGAAAAUACCCUUCUAUCCAUGGGAAGUAAUGCCCAUGGUCAACUAGGUCGCGAAUUGCAAGGGGGGGAGAACGAGGUUACUGUCGGGCCUGUCGAAUUUACUUUAUCGCACGAUGGCAAAUUGGCUUCGCUGAGAUCCUUUGCUUGUGGCAGCGAACAUGUGAUGGCAGUUGUCUCUCCCUCUGGCUCGUCAGACAGGGAAGUUUGGGGGUGGGGGUGGAACGAGCACGGUAACUUGGGGCUGGAUCAUACGGAUGAUGUGCCGAAGCCCACCAAGAUCUGGCCUGCAGGAGGACACGCGGUGGACGGAAAACCUGUUCAAGUAUGGGCUGGAAAUGGGACCAGUUGGAUCUUGUUACAAACAUAA